CGCCCCUCGCAGACCCCGGCUCCGCUAGCCCAGAGGCGCGGGUUGAGGCGCCCCGCGCCUUUUGUGUCUGGCUGGGGCCGCCGUGCGCGCGUGCACGCGCUCUCUCCCCUCAGUUUCGACUCGCGGGCUGACUUCGCCCGCGCGCGCCCUCCCGCCUCUCCGCCGGCGACCUCGCAGCCGCCCGCGCACGCCCGGGGACCGCGCCCGGAGUCUCGCGCGGGCGCACGCUCCCCGCGGCGGGAGGGACCCCCGGCGACGCUCGCCCCCCCCGCCCCUCCCCCGGCGGCGCGCGCACACGGCGGCCCGGGCACGCGCCCGCCAAGAUGGCAGGGGCCGGGGCCCGGCUGUCAGGCGCCGCCGUCGUCGCCCGUCCCCGCAGCUAGCGGCCCGGACGCCCGCGCGGAGAAGAUGAGCCCCCGCUGCCCCCCGCAGCCCAGCGAGACGCGGAGCCGCCGCGCCCGGGGCCGGCUGCCCCGCUAACGCCCCGCGCCGCGCCCCCGGCCCCGCGCGUCCGCCCUGCAGCGACCAUGAGGAGGUCAGGACAGGAAUUAUUGUCCCCAUUUAACAGGAGAAUAAGGUGAUACUCCGGUAAAACGCCCUUGCCAAAGGGCACUGGGCUGGUGAGGAGUAGAGCGGGGACCACAGCCCAGCCCUUCACACUCGAAGCUCAUCAGCAGUUCCAUGAGGAAACCAGGACUCAAGAGGGUCUUGAUAAGAGCGGUGAGCUGAGUGAACAGAGCAUCUGCCAAGCCCGGGCUUCCGUGAUGGUCUACGAUGACACCAGUAAGAAGUGGGUACCAAUCAAACCUGGCCAGCAGGGAUUCAGCCGGAUCAACAUAUACCACAACACUGCCAGCAACACCUUCAGAGUCGUUGGAGUCAAGCUUCAGGAUCAGCAGGUUGUGAUCAAUUAUUCAAUCGUGAAAGGGCUGAAGUACAAUCAGGCAACGCCAACCUUCCACCAGUGGCGAGAUGCCCGCCAGGUCUACGGUUUAAACUUUGCAAGUAAGGAAGAGGCGACCACGUUCUCCAAUGCCAUGCUGUUUGCCCUGAACAUCAUGAACUCCCAAGAAGGAGGCCCCUCCAGCCAGCGUCAGGUGCAGAAUGGCCCCUCUCCCGAUGAGAUGGACAUCCAGAGAAGACAAGUGAUGGAGCAGCAGCGCCAGGAGUCACUGGAGAGAAGGACCUCGGCCACAGGACCCAUCCUCCCACCAGGGCACCCCUCUGCAGCCAGCGCCCCCCUCUCGUGUAGCGGGCCUCCGCCCCCGCCCCCACCCCCUGUCCCGCCUCCACCCACGGGGGCCACCCCCCCUCCCCCACCCCCACUGCCCGCCGGAGGAGCCCCGGGCGCCAGCCACGACGAGAGCUCCGUGUCCGGCCUGGCCGCCGCCCUGGCUGGGGCCAAGCUGAGAAGAGUCCAGCGGCCAGAAGAUGCGUCCGGAGGCUCCAGUCCCAGCGGGACCUCGAAGUCUGACGCCAACCGGGCGAGCAGUGGGGGUGGAGGAGGAGGCCUCAUGGAAGAAAUGAACAAGCUGCUGGCCAAGAGGAGAAAAGCAGCCUCCCAAACAGACAAGCCGGCUGAUAAAAAGGAAGACGAAAGCCAAACGGAAGAGCCGAGCACCUCUCCAUCUCCGGGGACCCGAGCAGCCAGCCAGGCCCCCAACUCCUCAGAGGCCGGCCGGAAGCCCUGGGAACGGAGCAGCUCGGCAGAGAAGCCCGUGUCCUCCUUGCUGUCCAGAACCCCGUCUGUGGCCAAGAGCCCCGAAGCUAAGAGCCCCCUUCAGUCGCAGCCUCACUCUAGGAUGAAGCCAGCGGGAAGUGUAAACGACGUGGCCCUGGAUGCCUUAGAUUUGGACCGGAUGAAACAGGAGAUCCUCGAGGAGGUGGUCCGAGAGCUUCACAAAGUGAAGGAGGAGAUCAUCGAUGCCAUCAGGCAGGAGCUGAGCGGGAUCAGCACCUCGUAGGCCGCUCGGCCCCCGACACCGCCCGAGACCCGGGCCACCCGACCCGACGGCGGGGACAGCAAGGAUCCCAGCGCCCCAGGCCUCCAGCACACGCGAGCACACGCAGGCACACGCUGAAGCUGGGAUGUGCUUCGUUUAAAGUCUUAACCUGUGAUAAAAUAUUAAAAUGAGGAAAAAAGUUCAAUUCCUGGAUUUUUUUAGAUUCAACCUGACACAGAACACCAGGCCUAUCGGCUUUUUUUGUAUUUUAUAUUUGCCUAUUUAAGUGUACAUUUCUUUCAGUUUAUAGAGAAGACACCCCGAGUCACACGCCUCAUUAGAUGGUUUCAAGUUUUCUCCUAGGUGCCGCCGGGAGCAGCGGCCCCUUCCAGGCGGCCCCUUCCCAGCCUCGUGGUGGUGAGGGCCCAUCCACGCGCCAAGCCGUCUGUGUCCACGUGGUAAUAAACGCUUACUGUCCACACCC